UGCUUCAAGCAGCAGCUGAUUUCAUUUCAUUAGAAGUUUUAAUUAAAUUUUAAUGUAUAUUAUUGAAAUUAUUCAAUACUCAGGGAAAAACAGGAGUCAGGAAGUGAAAUGAAUGAUUCGGAUAGGACUGGAAGUACGGGAGCAUUGUUCGAGGCCUCCUCAAUUCUUAAAAGGGAGUCAAAUGAUGUCGGAUGGGAGUAUGGAAUGUUAAUUGAUCCGAAAAAUAUGGAUAAAAUUAAAUGUAAGUUGUGUGGUAAAAUUAUGUCUGGAGGUGUUUACAGAGUAAAAGAACACAUUGGCCACAUUUCUGGAAAUGUUUUUGCAUGUCCAAAAUCUUCUCCAACUGAUCAAGCCAAAUGUAAGAAUGCAAUUGCCGAGGCAAAGAAUAAGAGGAAAAAUAAGAAGAAAGAGGAAGAUUUGAUGAGAUCAACUGUUAAUAUCUCCGAAAGAGUGGAAGGGGAUGAUGAAGAUGAAUUGCUAGAGUUAGGUAGCAGAAAAACGUCCCGUACUCUUGGCCCUAUCGAUAAGUUUGCAAGCUCCAUCAGCCCUGAAACUUGUUUGAGUGCGAGAAUGAGCCAAAGGCAACAAACUAUUAGUGAAACACUAUUUAAAGAGAGAACACAGUCUAUUCGUGAAUAUUGUGCUAGAUGGGUGUAUGAAGCUAGUAUACCUUUCAAUGCGAUUGACAAUGAUAGCUUCAAAUUGUUUGUUGAGGCGGUUGGUCAAUUUGGGCCGGGUUUCAAACCUCCCAGUCAAUACCAAUUGAAGGAACCACUAUUAAAGGGGGAAGUUGACAGAAUAAAAGAGUUAUUGAAGAAGCAUGAAGAAGAGUGGGCACAAACUGGGUGCUCCAUUAUGACAGAUGCUUGGACAGAUAGAAAAAGGAGGAGCAUCAUGAACCUAUGUGUUAAUUCUAAUGCAGGUACUGCUUUCCUUUCUUCUAGAGAGUCUUCAGAUGAAGCACAUACAAGUGAACUUAUCUUUGAGUAUGUGGAUAAAUGCAUUGAGCAAGUUGGGCCACAAAACGUCAUCCAAGUAGUAACCGACAAUGCUGCCAAUAAUAUGGGAGCGACAAAAUUAUUGAAGGUGAAGAGGCCAAAUAUCUUUUGGACCUCAUGUGCUACUCACACCAUCAAUUUGAUGCUUGAAAGUAUUGGAAAACUGCCGAAGUAUAAGAAAGUCAUUGAUCAGGCCAAGAGUUUCACAAUCUUCAUUUAUGCACACCAUAAGACCUUGUCCUUAAUGAGGUCAUUUACGAAGAAGAGGGAUAUAGUGAGACCAGGAGUCACUAGAUUCGCUUCUGCUUUCUUGACUUUACAGAGUUUGAUGAAGAAAAAGGCCCAACUGAGGGCAAUGUUUACCAGCUUUGAAUGGGAGGAGUGCAAAUGGUCAAAGAUUGUUAAAGGGAAAGCAGCCUAUGCUACUGUGAUGAGCAUUGCUUUUUGGAAUGGUGUGACUAUAUGCCUUAAAGUUUUUGCACAUUUGGUGAAGGUGCUUCGAAUUGUUGAUGCGGAUAGAAAGCCUUCUAUGGGCUUUUUAUGUGGAGAGAUUAAGUAAGCAAAUGAAGAUAUUAAGGAGGCCUUAAAUAAUCUUGAAAAGAACUAUAAGCCUAUUAUGGAGAUUAUUGAAGCAAGGGUAAAAGAUAGGCUAGAUAGUCCACUACAUUUUGUAGCUUACCUUUUGAAUCCCUACUACUUUUUCAAGGAUAUGGAUAUACAACUUGAUAAUGAAGUGAUGGAUGGGCUUUUUAACUGUGUGGAGAUGUUUUAUCAUUAUGAUGGUGAAUUGCAAGGCCAUGUUAUAAAUGUUGAGUUGCCAAAGUAUACUCGUAAAGAUGGAGCUUUUGGAAAAUCGUGGGCAACUCAAGGGUGUGCGAAAAAUGAUGACAAUUAUAAUCCAGUUACAUGGUGGAUGACUUAUGGAAAUCAAACUCCAAACUUGCAACGAAUGGCGAGAAAGAUUCUCUCGUUAACCACUAAUUCAUCCGGUUGUGAAAGAAAUUGGAGCACUUUUGAAGGGGUUAGUGUAUAUAUGAAUUAUAUUUAUUUACUAUCAAUUAGUUAUCCUUAUUCAGUUAUCAUUUAUAUUGAUAUUGCUUUUAUUUUAUUUAUGUAGAUACAUACGAAGAAAAGAAAUAGACUAGACGUGAAUCGAUUGAACAAUCUAGUCUAUGUUCAAUUUAAUGCGAAAUUGAUGAACAAGCACAAAAGGGAGAAGGAAAUGAAUGUUGAUGUGCUACUUGCUAGUGAUGCUAGUAAUGCAUAAGGAUGGAUCGUUGAUGGAGAAGAUGAUGAAGAAGUUGAGCCUGGUACGGGGCUCACUUGGGAAGUGGUUGGUGAAGCAUCGGGAGCAGACGAGAUGCUUCAAGCUCGAAGAAGUUUUAGGAUGAGAGAGCUUCAUGAAGAUGAUUUUCAAUCAGAAGAAGAAGAUGAGCAAGAAAUCAAUGAAUUUGAUUUUGAGUCCGAUGAAGAUCGUGUAUUGGAAGAAUAUGGAGAGGAAGAAAACCAAUUAGAUAGUUAGACUUAAAUUAUUCGGAUAUGGUUUAUGUUGUAUUAUUGCUACUUUUACCUUCUUGAACUUAUAACUAAUAUAAUAGUUUAUUUUCUGAGUCUUAAUUCCAUUAUUUCACUUGUCUUUUCAACUUUGAUUUACUUGAAAAUAAUAUCAAAUUACAUCAAAAGGUUUUUAGAAAAAAAAAAAAAAUUAUUUUUCCUAGUCGCCGCCUAGGCGCUAGGCCCCAGCCUAGCGCCCGACUAGCGCCUAGCGCGUUUUUGAACACUGUUUCCAAGAUCGAUCUUAGACAUAAUUUGGCUUAGAACUUCAAUAGAAACAACUGAUCGACCUCACUGACUUCAGGUUUAAAUCUGUGAGUGCUUGAUGGAAUAGCGGACUGAAAUUGCAGAAGGUGUUUGUCCCUAAGCAAGUCCUUCACCUGAAAGAAAUUUGAAAGAGGCAAAGGAAAGAUGGAUUCAAUCUUGGAUGGAUCAUUACUUGACAUAAUUUCUACUCGAAGAUGCGAGUGUAGCUCAUUAAUCGUCUUCCUUUCCACGUGGCCACUCAAAAUUAUCAAUUUUGGCUGCUCAAAUACCCAAAAAUCCAGACCCUUAAUGUCCUCAUAUGAAGCUUUUCCAAUAAACAAACCAUCUGCCCUUGUCGGUAAUUCAGCCACAUCUUCCUUUUGUUCCUUGGAAUAUUCCCGAAGCUCACUCUCAACAUUUUUCUUCUCCACUUCAGCAACACCUUCUUCUUUCUGCUCAUCGGAAUAUUUCAAAAGCUCACUCUCCACAGCUUCCUUCUCCAAGAAUCCUCUGUUAUAAUAAUUCAAUCCUGAUGAUUGCUUGUUUGAAUCAAUCAUCUCCUAGUGAGAACUUCCAGUCUGGUCAUCUGAAAUGUUUCUCCUUGGUUUCUCAAAGAAUUCAGCGAGAAAGUUGUAGUGAUACUUUUUAGUCAGUAUCCUUGCAAACUCCUACAAUUACUCUCGUGUCAUAUAGCCAAAUUCCUCGCACGUUUUGCUAACCAAGGGUCUAAUGACCGUUCCCAUGCCUCUUGAUUCGGCCCAAACUCCUCAUGAUUUCUGUUGAAUGAAAAUGCAGCAUUCUUUUCCUGCAGUUGAGGUUCCAAUCGUAUCGUGUGCGCACUACUUCCCCUGGUCUCACGAGCAGGAUAGUCCAUUGGAAAUGCGACAUCCUUUUGCUGCAAUUGAGACUCCAUUGGUCUCAUACGUGUAUUGCUCCCCAUGGCCGACUUUUCACAAACAACAUACUUCAACGACAAAGGAAUAGGAGUUCUAUACAUUUUGGAUCCACCCCUCCGCGAGCUAAUCGGUUUUGAAUUUGAAUUGCCUCAAACGACACUGAAUUACCUUCGGAAGCACUGGGCCUGCUCCUAUCCAAAAAUUGAACGAAAAUUCGGAUUAGCCGGCCCGUUACAGUCUGAGAAUAACUUCGCUUUGUGAUGCCUUCCGAUUGGGAUCAUGAGGUGAUCAGAAAUCACUUGACCUUGCUUCUCCCUCAAUCCUUCCUCGUUUGACACAGGUUAUUCACCGAAUCCGUUUGAAUUGGCUGCGAUAGCCUUCCUCACUCCUGUCGUCAACUCCAGCGGAGCUCCUACAACUUGUCUUUCGCUUCAGUCACACGCGCCUAGGCCGUCAACUUCACCCUCCGAUGGACUCACGCCCCUUCAGGAUGUCCGCUUAACUCUUCGAAGGACUGCCUCUUCUCACAAACGACAUCCGUUCGCGUCACCCCACCGUUUGCUUCUCACGAAUGACUGAUGUCCGCUUCUGCUGCGCCACUCUGAUUAACUCAAGCAGAAGGAGUUAACGGCCUAGGAUUGCUCUCGCCUGGUAUAUUCGAAAUCUGAUAGCAAUUGCGAUGUAUUCAAGAGGUCGCCUAGAUUCACUUCUCAUCGUCUGGGUCGGAAUCGCCGACCUAUCAAGC